AUGGUCGCGUAUCUCCCGCGCCUGCGCAAUCCCUCUAUCGGCGUCCUGCAGCACCUCUCCGCAGCAGUCCGCCGGAACCAGCGACGACCACGACCAUGCCUCGAAACGCUGCCGCUGCCGCUUCCGCGCGCGUUUGCCCAGCACGCGCAGCAAGAGACCAGCGUAGGCACCACGACGCCGGUCCCGGAUGAUGCUCCGCCGCCGAACGGGCAUAAAUGUCCGUUUUACUUCGAGGCUGGAUACGCGCUGUAUGCGAAGAGGCCUUCGCGCCCGUUCCCUCCGCCCUUUCUCUCGCUUCCGUCGACGAGCUUUUCCGAGCCGCUUAGUACGCAUCAUAGGAGUAGGGAUCGCAGACCGCAGGUAAACGGGGAGAUGAUAAGGGGCGUCACAAACGGGGACGAUGCUGUACUAGUCAGUGACUAUUUCAUCGGAGCGAACGACGGCGUAGGAGCCUGGGGAACGAGGGAAAGAGGACAUGCAGCCUUAUGGUCCCGCCUAAUCCUGCACUUCUGGGCACUCGAAGUCGAACACGCGGAAUACGACCCUGCCCACGAACCCGAUCCCGUCGCCUACCUCCAAACCGCCUUCGAGCACACCAAGAAAGCCACGUCCGAGCCGCAAGAAUGGCACGGCACUACCACCGCGUGCGCCGCGCUCCUGUCCGCCGACACACACAAUCCUCCCCACCCCCUCCUCUACGUAACACAGCUCGGCGACUCGCAGAUCCUCGUCAUACGGCCCCGCGACAAGGAAGUGAUAUUCAAAACCACCGAGCAGUGGCACUGGUUCGACUGCCCGCGGCAACUCGGGACAAACAGCCCAGACACGCCAAAGCAGAACGCAGUCAUGGACCGCGUAGAGAUUGAAGAGGACGAUGUGGUCAUCGCCAUGACAGAUGGCGUGGUGGAUAAUCUGUGGGAGCAUGAAGUGGUUGAAAACGUAGUGGAUAGCAUGCACAAGUGGCGGGACCAGACGAGCAUGAGCGAUCCGGAUAAACAGCCAGCGGAGCAGACAUAUGCAGAUGGCAUGCGCUUCGUGGCACAGGAGCUGGUUAAUGCGGCGAGGGCCAUUGCAGAGGAUCCGUUUGCCGAGAGUCCCUACAUGGAGAAGGCGAUUGAUGAGGGCUUGUCGAUUGAAGGGGGCAAGCUCGACGACAUUAGCGUAGUGGCUGCUCAGUGUAAAAGGCGAAAAGGCUGA